GCUGUCUGCUUCAAACGGGCUUUACAAAAUUUAUAGUACAGUGAAGUGUCAAGCGAAAACUUAUCGUGCCUUGUUCACGUUAAAAUUGUAGGAUGUCGUAAUUGCAACAUUUAAGUUCUUAUAUAUAUUUUAUUUUACUUUAAGCCACCAUAAAUUAUAUUUUAUCCACGUUUGUUUAGUUAAUGUUGUAUAGACACGCUUUUAUAUCUCUCAAAUACAAUUUAGAGGUUAAGUAAUGCUUGCUUAGUCUGUGGUCUAAGUUAUAAUCUUUAUUUUCAAAUUAGUUUGUAUAAACUAACUGAAUUUAUUACAGCAAUAACAAUUAUGGAAUUUUUUGUUUAACUAUAACGUAUUUCCAAUAUCAGAAGGAUGAUGAACUAUGCAAUCAAACCUAGAUCAAGGACUUUCUUUAAAAAUUUAAGAUUGUGGAUUUGUCUGAUCAUCAGUAGUAUGGUCAUUUUCACCUUGAUUUUGUUUAACAGACAAAAUGAUUUGGGAAUCAAAGUAUAUGAUUCUACAGUAAAAUUUCCUGAGAUUCUCAGGGCUGGGAAAUUCCUGACUGGAGAGAUUCUUGCAGCAGACGAUACUAAAGUGAUAAAGCGGCUAGCAAGCAAUUUCUUAGUGCCUCCUCCUGAAGUAGGACCUAAAUUUAAGUACAACCUAGAAAAUCCCAAGCUUAAAGAUACUUCAAUGGGACAAGCUGAACAGAUUAGAAAAGUUCUAAACAAUAAGAGGAACGGGUUCUUCAUAGAGUGUGGUGCGCUGGAUGGUGAGACUCGUUCCAACACUCUUUACCUGGAGAGGUUCCUAGACUGGACAGGACUACUGAUAGAGGCAGAUCCCCUCAACUUCAGCCAGAUGCUUCAUAAGAACCGCCGAGCCUGGCUGUCUCCGACCUGCCUCAGCAAGACAACACAUCCGCAAGUGGUUUCGUUCAAGCAAGACUUCAAUGUGGGAAGGAUAUCAGACAAGAACAUAGGUGAGGAGAGGCCAGGAUAUGUGGAUGUUCAAUGUUUCCCACUCUACUCCUACCUUCUAGCAAUGAACAUCACCCAUGUAGACUACUUCAGUCUGGAUGUGGAAGGCGAUGAACUGAACGUCCUCAAGACGAUUCCAUGGGACAAAGUGGACAUUGAUACACUGUCAGUGGAGUUUGUCCAUGUAAAUGACGGUAAGGAUUCCAUCCGAGACUUUAUGACGUCCAAAGGUUAUAUAGUUGCUGCAGAAGUCACUCAUCCUGAUUGGUUAGCGAACGACUUUAUUUUUGUUAAAAAAUCUCUUAUCUCUUAAACAACUUUAUAUCAGCCUAGGAAAUCUGCCUACUAGAACUUAAACAUUCUCUCGUAUUUUAAGACAUCCUUUUCUACCUUAGAAUUCCCAAAUGAAUUUGUAAAUACGAUGUAUACAGAGUGACAGAGUUUAUUUAAUAGUUUAUAUUUAUUGUUUACAAGCUUUAGCUAAAAUUUGUACGGUUGUGAGGGGUGUUGUAUUAUUAGAUUGUAUGAUUUGUUGCACAAAUUUAAUUUUAUUACCUUCAUGCUAGUCAUUUUCAAAUUCUGUGUUUUCUUAUAAUUAGAGUAAAACAUGACAAGAUGUUUGGUUUUUAAUCACAUUUAUUUAUGAAGCACACAGAGGAAAGGGAUACCAAGAUUGCUCAAUAAGUAUUUAAUACUUUCAGUUAAAACAACAAUGGUAGCCUUUAAUUAAGUGAUUAUUAUUGCAGCAUUUUCCUUUUACUAUCAUACAUGCAGUAGACUUUCAAGAUGUUCUUAAUUUUUUCUAUGUAUUAAUAGCAUUUCAAAUGUUAUACAAUAUCCCUAAGGUUUAGAGGUGAAACUAUCAACAAGAGAUUUUUGACUUAUAUAGGCUUACCUCCAUUAGUCCAAAAUUGCGUCUUACUUUAACCAAUGUUGUUCAAAGCUUACAUGUUUCGUUGCACUGCAACAUUGUCGGAGCUUUAUGUCAAAAACAUCAAAUAAUUUAAACAUAGAAUAAAACACGGAACAUUUAAACAAGAAAAAAAAACGAUAGCGCUAUCAUGACACGGCACGGCAGCGGUUGUAAGUAGACUAAGUCUACCUUAUUCUAUGUUUAAAUUAUUUGAUGUUUUUGACAUAAAGCUCCGACGAUGUUGCAGUGCAACGAAACAUGUAAGCUUUGAAAAACAUUAGUUGAAAUAAGACACAAUUUUGGACUACUGACGGAGGUAAGCCUAUAUAAGUCAUUAUUCGUAGUCCAGGGGCUAUCAGAAUGAAUAAUAAGAGAUUAUAAGUAUAACCAUUCAUAAUACUGUUAGACAGAAUCAUUAGUUAGGCCUAUGUUUGGUUGUUCCAGUAGUAUUUCCCAUUAAAACUGUCCAAAAGAUUUCUCAGUAGAGUUUGUUUUUAACAUUUUCUGAAUGAUCCAAAAACUAUUUAUACCAACUGCUUACACCCCAACCAAAUAUUUAAUACUCGCUCCAACAAAUUUGAUUUUGUGAACUUCAAAUUGCCCAAAAUUUUUGCUUUAGCAAUAGCUCAGUGUUUGUUAACAAUAGCUUUUUCAAUUGUUUCUAAUCUUAGUAAAUUGUGAUAUAUUUUAAGAAACAGGAGUUUUCUAACCACAAGUUUACUAGCUAAUUCUCAUAUAUCUUUCUCACGUGUUGUCUAUACCUUUUUAGUUGUAGUAUUUACAACAUAAGAUAACUCUGGUUUAUUCAUAUUCAUAUUCAUAUUCAAACAUCUUUAUUCAUCAUAAGUCAUGUACAUUGGUGGUACAGUGAAUAGUGUCAGAAUACUUAAAAUAAAAAUACUAUAUCUAUGUAUGGGAGGUGGAAAACUCCUCAAAAGAAUAUAAUGCUAAAUUUAUUAAAUAAUCUUUUAGAAUUUUCUUGAAUUUAGAUAGGUUUGUUUCUUUUUCUAUCAAUUCAGGGACAAAUUUUAGAAACUCGUUACCAGCGUAUGAGGGGUUUUUUUCAAAACAUUUUAAUUUGUGAGGCUGGACAAACUCUCUUCUCCUCCUGAAAUUAUAAGAAUGUACUGAAUUUAUUACUUGCUCAGAUUCAUUUUUUUUUGCAAUAAGAAUUGUUUCAUAAAUAUAUUGCCCAUAAACUGUAAAAAUUUGUAAUUUCUUUAGGAUCUUUAUCAAAAGGUAAAAUAAAACAAGUCGGGAUAAAAUAAAAAAGUUAGAAAUAAAUUUCCGUUGUGUUUUAGUGUAAAUUUGGAAGUCUACAUAUUUUAGGUAGGUUUAUCAAGAUUCCUCAGUCCUUUCUAUGUAGGCCUAUAUAACUAAAAAACCGAUUAAUUUAUACGAUUUUAAAAUAAAAUCAUAUACUCAAAGGCAUUUAUUAGGGUUUUUUUAGGAUGAACAAAUAAAUGAAAUAUUAAUUGUGUUUAAAAAUAACUGCUUCUAUAGUUUAGUUUGUUAUCUUAUUAAUAUUUAUAUUUUCUAUUGUUGUUAGUUAUUGCUUCUCACUUACUAGUUUUACAGUAGUUCAGAUUUGUUUGGUCAGUUGAAUGUAUUUAGUAAAAAUAAUAUGAUUCCGAUUGAUCCUAGUAAUUAAAUAACAAAUUUACAUUAUUGUUUCAAUUGUGAUGUUCUUUGCAGUGUAUUUAUUCAACAUGAUUCAACUUAACCUGUCUAAUGUCUAAGACUGUGUAUUUGCAGUGGAAGAAGUGUUUUAAAUGUUUAAACAUAGGAUUACAAAUUAAAUUAAUUUUUUGGAUCGACAAGAUUUAAGAUUUAAACCAGAUUUAACCAAGGUUAAAACAAGAUUGUUAUAUUUUUUA